UUCCAUCAUGUCUCAAUUUCAUCAAGUUAAUUUCUCAUUAAAUCAAGAAAAAUUCUUAAAACAGCUCAGAAAUCAAAAAUUUACAAUGUUGAAAGUAAGUUCAAUUCCAAAAUCAUCAAAAGCAUUUGAACUGUUGUGCUCAUCAUGGUUCAUAUCGGAAGUGCUUUCCAUUCCUCAUUUAUUUGUUAUAAAAUUGAAAGUUGAAGAAAAAAUUGAUGAAAAUUUCGAUGAAAUCUAUAAAAAUCAAUUAAUUCAACUUUCUGCUGAGCUAUCAAAGCAGAUUGUAAUUGUUUUAGUGUCGAAAGUAGUGCAUUAUCACUGCAAAUUUUAUUGGAAAGCUAGUGGAUGUGAAAAUUUCUAUUCUGUUGAUGUUAACAAGGGAAAUGAUAAAGUUGUUGGAAAAUAUUUGCUUGGAUUUUUGAUAAGGGAGAUUAAGAGUGGAAAAUCAGGAAUCCUGCGACAGUCGCAAGACAAAGAUAAAUUUGAACUUAAAGACAUUGGAAAUUUCAAUGGACGCUCCCUCCUCACUAUUGCUGUUUCAGAAUGCUUUAAACAAGUCGUCAGAAAACUUUUAAAAUACAAAUUCAGCUUAGACCACAAAGACUCAAGAAACCUAAAUGCUAUCGAUGUUGCAUGGGUCAACUACAUAGAAUCCAGCAACAACAAAGUAAAAAGAAGAAAGUACAAUAAAAUUAUUUUGAUGCUCCUCGAAGCGAACUCUAAAUUGCCAGGUCCUCAUGUUGGAUUUGAAAUGAAAAAGACAUCAAAAGAAGUCCACAAAUUUAUAAGAGAAUGUGAAAAUUUCCAUGAAGAUGACAUUGCUGAUCCAAAUUUAAAGAUUUUGAGUUAAAUUGUGCAAAAAUCUUUUUUUGAAAUAUCCAAUAAAUCAUCUUUUUGCAUCAAUCAUGUUUUGAAAUGAUAAUCU